AUGGCCGGGCCUCGGGGCCUGGUGCACGUCUGCGUGGAGCCCUCAACAAUGGCGGUCCGGGCCGCCCUGGCUGUGGCCGCCGCGGCCCCCAGGGGUGAGGGACGACUCGAGGCUGGCUGUCCUUGCUUGAUGUACAGCCUGAUCCCCGAGGAAGGACCAUUAAGACCUGUUCUUGAAUAUAUUGAUCUGGUCAGCAGUGAUGAUGAAGAGCCUAGUACCUCUCAUAGUGAUAGAAUGCCUGAAUCUAAGGUGCCACCCUCUGAGAAUCAUCGCCCAGAAAUGUGCUCUAGCUGCAGUGUUCCUCUUCCCAUUGGAGACAGCAGCUCCUCCUCUGGGAGUUGUGCCAACAGUCCGCAAAGAAUAGUUUCUCAACCCUCUUCUGUUGAGAACCAAUUGGAGAACCAGAAAAAUGAUCAAAAUAAUUCAGAUACUAAUAUCUCUGAAACAGAGACACUUAAAUCACAAAAUUAUCAGACUCUGCCUUCAUCAUCACUUCUGGUCCCCCAAGAGUCUUUGGCUUUUUCUGAGGUCAAAGAAGAUUUACCUAUCACGAUGUCUUCAGCUUCACAGAAUGGACAGGAUGCCAUCCUGUAUCUUCAGACACAAGUGGCUGAGAUGUCCCGAGUCAUACGUGAUCUGCAGUCCAGGAGUUGUUUUAGAUUUCAUCAUUCUAGGCCAAGUGAGAACUCGUCUGUUCCUUGGGAUAUCUCCACCUCUAAGGAGGACAGUUUAUCCACAGUUGAAGAAGAGGUUGACUGCAAGUCUCCAUCAGCUGAUGACAAAGGGCAGCCAGCUGACCCCAUGCAGUCAAGUUUCACGGGUCUCUUGAAGAGAAUGGAACAAAGAGGUGUUAUAAAGAGGGUGACAUUACAGUCUGAAGCCGACACAUGUGAGGGGAAGCCUGAUUGGAUGACCUCUAAAAAACGUUUGGUUCCUCCCUUGCAUCCACUUUUGAGAAUUGCCACCACUGAAGUUUUUAAAGACCCUGCUGAUUGCCAUCCUUCUUCCUUCAUGGGACACAGGGUAUAUCCUGUGGCCAAGGACACAUCUCCUUUCCAGCCAAAUCCACCAGCUGAGGGACCCAUUAUAGAUGUACUAGAACAUAGCAAAAGAGGAAACACGACAUCUCCUUUAGACUCUACCUCAAAGGAAAUGGAAGUCAUGGGCUGUAGGUUCUAUCACGCUGCUUCCAUUGCAGCCCGAGCUGCCAGCUAUAUGGCCUAUAUGACUCAGUAUCAGCGUAAACUCUGGGAAGACAUGGAAGAUCUGGUCCAUGAUCCAGAGUUUGACCGUGGAAAAGCAAGGUGUAUAAUAUCUGAUGGCAUGGAUGCAGGACUUUGGCAGCUUUGUACCACCAGGGACAUAAUGGACUCUGUAGUCAGAGUUAUGGCCAUGGCAGUAGACUAUAGAAGACAAGCCUGGCUUCGACUCACAUCUCUCACUAAGAAAACCCAGGAGAAGAUCUUACACUUGCCCUUUGAUGGUACAUCUCUUUUUGGACAAGAUGUGAAUGCUAUUGUUGCAGAAGACAAUAGUAUUAAAGAAAAUGAUUAUAAAGAUCACAAUAAAUACUAUACUCAGCAUCGAUACUUUUAUAGUCAUGAUCAGAAAGCACAUUAUCACAACAGAGGGUACUCCAAAGGGGAUUGGUACAAACCCCGGAAUCACCCUUAUAGAUACAGAAAAAAGGGAGACUCUCCAGAGCGACAUGGGUAUAAAAAUUAAUACUCUGGAUGUUUAGCAGAUUAGCCUUCCAAGGUCCUAUUUUACCUGUUCUUCCCCAGGUUGGGGGUCAUUUCAGAAAAUGAGUGCAUGUCUGGAAUAAUCACAGCUGAUGUUUGAGUUCUAGACUUUUGGAAUGAAGUAUAUACUAAAAAGACUUAAGCUUUAUUGGCCAAAUGGAGACUUUGCUCUAAGGAGUAUUGGACAGAGGUUUGCCCAUUAUUUUUGUUCCAAAAUAAGUCCAGAGAAGGGUACUCAGGAAUCUGAAUCUUCUGGAAUUAAAGGAAAAUAUGUAGAUUCAUGCCUCAGGAAAAUCUUGUUGGUAAACUGAGGACUGGCAGAUUUUGGAUCUGGAAACAAUUUGCUACUAGAUCAGUGUUUACUAAGACUAAAGUGUAAAAACCUUCAUUUUUAGAUCAUCAAUGCUUCUGGAACUUUGGGCUUCAGCUUGAUGAGUCAUCAAAAAGUGGUAGAUUUGUUACAAUCCCUAUGUUAAGAUGAUCAGCUCACCAUAGUUCAUACUAUUAUCAAGCUCUGUGAGACUUCAGAACUAGCCAUGAAGCUAUGUCUGCUGGAAUUCAUUAAAAAUUUUGCCAAAUCCAGUUUACUUCUAACUGGGAUGAUUAAAUGUCACAGGUCUACUUUUGGACUCAAAAUGGAAAAAAUAUUUUCCUACCUGUAACAUCAUUGUAGAAAAGUUAAACUAUCUUCAUCCUGACUAUGAUGGCUACCACACCAUCACUACUCAUUACGCUGCAUGUGAGAUAGCUUCCUUAGCCCUCAAUCCUAGUAGUCCAUGACUUACCAAGCUCUUAUAUCAACCACCCGUGAGACUUGGGCAUCACAGUCUCUCUAAGGUGGGCCUUUCAAUGAGAUGGCCUUCUUAAACUUGUCUUCAAAGCCGUUGAUUCUUUUGAGCUUGGUAGUACGUUACAUUCUCAGUACAAUAGACAAAUGCAUCAUCAUGGCCCUGGAAAUACAAAAUAUUAUUCCCAUCAUCCAGGCAUGCAAAUCUGAACUCUUUUAAGAGCAAGAAUUCCAAACAUGCCUGACAAUCUGUUCUCUCUUGAAAUAAAGAGGGAUGUCAUUAGUGUAGACUUCGUUGAGAAAUCCUUGAGAUGUAAAGUGUGACUGGGUGUUUUCAAGAUACACAGCUGUUUCUGGAUAUCUAGAUGAUAAUAACUUCUUAUUGAAUUCUUGAAAGGUUGGAAUCAAGACUUCAGUGACAUAUUCUUGAUUAACUUGGUUAAUUUGUCAUGUAAUCCAACUGGACUAACUGUUACUAAGAGAUGAUUUAUAUUUUGCUCCCAAUAAUGAAUCUCCAUCUUUCUGGAGCUGGCAGCAAAUACCUCAGUUAUGUUAGUGUCCCACAGUGUCAUCUUUAAUCUCAAGGCAAUGGCUGUAUAAUAUAGCAGCCCCUGUGUUCUUCUCUUCACAGCAUGACUUUUAAAGUAGAAAAAGUGUCAAGUUUGAGGAGGUCUGAACACUUCACCUGAUGUGACUUGGCAGCCAAAAAAUAAUUUUUUCUCAAAAUGUAAUUAUGUAACUUCUUGGUUAUUCAAACAUCUGCUUUUUUCUUAAUUUUUAAUCUGCUUGAUCAAAAUGUUUUAGGUAUACUAUUAGUGGAAUAUAGCACUGUCUUAAGAAUUUAUGUGGUUUCUGUUUCUUACCAUGAUUCUUGCAUCAUAAUGGUUGACAUUUUCUGUGAUGCUCACCUUUUUGUAAUUCAUUAGACAACUCAUUCCUUCAUUCAUACCCAUAUUCAGCACUCUGCUUAAUCUACAUUUCUUCCUCUUGUUUUUGAGACAAGGUCUCACUACAUAGACCUAGCUGACCUGGAACUUGAUAUGUAGACCAGGCUGGCCUUGGACCCAUAGAUCUGCUUGGCUCUGCCUCCAGAGUACUGGGAAAUAAAGGCAUGUGCCACCGCCUCCAGAGUACUGGAAAUAAAGGCAUGUGCCACCAGGCCCAGCUGCUGCUUUUCAUUUGUGCCGUAUAGAUUGAAGGCACGGAUUUCCCAACUUGGAAGAAGUUACUUUGUCAGAUAAUUUUAGGGUACUGUGUUGGUCCUAUUUGUUUUCUUUGUAGACUAAACCUGAACUAGUUACCAUGAUCAUUUAGCAAAUUUAACCAGAUUGUAUCUAGGGUUAAUAUUUACCUUAUUUUUCUGUGUGAUCAACAAAACUUUGCUUUGACUUCCUUAGGUUCGUACCGGGGCUCUCUAAGAUGUCUCUCGGAUGAACUCCAGAAAAACUUUUGUAGCUUAUAAUGAAUGCUCUUCGAAGGGGUAGUAGGCUUAAGCUUGGACCGGUAGCAGUGCAGUGUCUUCUGAGAAAGGAGUAGCCACUCAGACUUCACUGGGGAAAGGUGCACAUGUUUCUGACUAGUUGAGGCUGCUUCAGAUUGUUCCUUCUUUUCCAUCUUGCCCUGAAUUAGAUGCUAUAUAUCACAUACGAUUUAUGAGAUACUCCUGAUGUUCAAAACGAAACAAAAAUUAAUAAUGCUUGAAGAUGAAUUCUUUGAAACUGUUUUGGCAUUUUCACCUAAUUUAUUUGUGCCCGUCCCUGCUUUAAAUUUUAGUAGACAGCAAGCAAAAAAAGCACAUAAAAUUUAGCACUUUAAUAAUUUUCACAUUAUUAUACACUCUUAAAUUUCAGGACAGCCCUACCCUCAUCUGAGAUGUUGAUAUUAUUUAUUAAUGAGGUAAACGUAACGUUGCUUGAACCACUUAUUGGUAAGCCCAAGCAACUCCAGAGAAUUCAGUUUUCCCGGAAGUGAAAAUGUCAGGAAAUCACCAGAUUGGUGAUCAGACAGACAAGCUAAGGGAAGUAUUUGGCAGUGGAGUCAUUUGUGGACAGAGUAUGGUAGGGUGGGAGCACUCGGAGCUAUAGCUACUCCACUCAGAACUAUUCCAGCAUCCUUCACCUGCUUAUCUUUUUUUUAAUUUUACUUUUUUUUAAUUUUAAACCUCUGGCAUACUUGAAUGAUGAUGAUGGUGUUAUAAAAGUAAAAGUUGGUACUUGGUCUUGACAACCCCAGUAGACAGUCCAGUAGAAUAUAGCAUUUAGGUUUAACCAGAUAAACAUUUAGAUUGUGUCUGCCAUGUGCAGAACCUGCAACAGAAUUUCCUGUUAGGUCGACUUCUGAGUGAGAAUAUCACUAGCUUUUUUUUGACACCUUGGAAUACUCAAAAGUUUAAUGAUUUGGUUUUUUCAAAAGAGCUGUGUUUAGUGAUCUUUUCCUUCAAAAUGUCAUUUCUUGACUAGACAUAAGAUGUAUUUGAAGACAAUAUGUUUUUUGUAGUUACUAUGUAUAGAGAAAUACUAUUUCCAUUUAUUGUUAUAUAAAGUGCCUUUUUAAAUUUCACUCUUCUGUUUAAGACCUAACCUUUGAUGUGGUAUUUAUGUGACUUCUGUACAGUGAUUUACUUAGUUUAUUAUCUUUAUUAUCUGUACAAUUGCACUAUUUAAAUGUACUUCUGAAUGCUUAUUUGUUUUCUUUAUAGCACUGUUACUAAUUUCAGAAGGUUAUAGAAUAAAUCUCCCUCUAUUUAAUUAAUGUCACAGUUCUUUUUAGGUUUUAGUGAUUGGCUCUGUUUCUAGACAUAAACGUAACUCUUUUUUCUUUGCAUGUUCUAGAUUUUCUGAUUGAGCCAUUUGUCUCACAUCUAACCUUGUUCAUAGCCAUAGUAAAACAACUUAUAUGUGCGUAAUGGCUGUGUGUACUGGGAUAGAAGAAGCAAGGACAUUUUAAACAGUAAAGUUGAUGGCACUGUGUACUCAUAUAUAGUAGUCUGUGGCAGCUUCCUUGUCAGUAUAAUUGGUUUUGUUUGUUUCCCUUUUUAAACUGGCAGCUUCUUUCUCAGUAUAAUUGCAUUUAUUUACUUAGCCUUCAAAAUGCCAUUUUGAGGGCAGUAUAUAUUCUUUCAGGCUACUUUACUGCAUUAUACCUAAGUGACCUGAUUGAUAAUGUCCUUAAGGGCCUGAUAUAUACAUCCAGGAUAUAUACCUCUCAGGUAUUUUAAGCAAGGAGGUUGAAAAGACAAUGUCCAGAAUUCCCGCUCACAAUUCGGAUACUGAUAACGGUGAACAUAAAGGUUAGCAACACAUUCAUCAUUUUUGAAGGUAUAGUUAACUGGGAUUCUGCUGAAGGCUUGAAAUAUUAUGGGUUAGAUCUUUUUAGAAGUAGAAGAUUGCAAUAACAGAUAACUUUUCUUUCUUCAAUGUGAGGCAUAUUUUGCCCCAGUUUUGCACUGUCUAGUUCCCCUGUUUUUGAAAUUUACCCUGAUGUACUUAAUGUUGGUGGCUAGACCAAUAACUGAUUGUUACUGUGGAUAUAUCUUAUGCAUGUCAUUUGGUUGGUCAGAUUCAUUCUGUAUGGUUUUUAGUGCACAUACAACUAGUCAGUUCUUUUCACUUAAAAUUUAAAGGAGGAAGUUAUCAGUAAGUGAAUGUUGAUUACUGUAUUGAAUGCAAAUCUUUUUUUUUCUUCAUAAUUAACAAGUUUUUAUAAACCAUUAAAAUCUAUGGGGUUUCCUUCCUGGAUGAUUGAGAAUGGUAUUUUAUUAAAUAUGUUUUCUCUUAUUAGUGGA